GACAUGUUUAAAUCAAGAAUAGUAUGAUGGGUGAGAAUAUUAGCCUAUAACUUGUGAAUUAUAUAUUCUAACCUGUGAAUGAUUGACAGCUUGUGCUGUAAGGCAAGAAACAGCGCAUGCUUUUUUUGGGUGACUUUUUGAAAUGAUAGUUGCACAACUCAUGUAACCUAGCCCAUACGCCUAUAAGGUUUGUAUCACAACUAAUGUGGCCAAAUAACUUCUUAAAAUUAAGCACAAUAGUCCGCUUUACAACGGGGGUAGAGCCUAACUGGCAUACAUACGCAGCACGUGUGUUUCAAGUUUGAGGAAGAUCAUUUUCACCAUAAAAAUGCACCUUUAUAAUAAAAGCAUUACAUGCAUAAUCACAUUUGUGGUCAGUCAACUUUGAGAAUGGAACAUUCGCGCUUAUAGCCAACUGCCAUGUAUGCAUUACUGCGCUUAAAAUGUGAAGAAAUAGCCUAAUAGUUUAUCAACAUUUCUUACGUUAGCCUCAUUGCUUAACUUCUUUAGCAUACUGGUUAUUGUUUGGAAUUUCGCGCUCUUGGAUGUUGUGGUAGGCUAGCGGUUCAUGCGCCCUAACAGUUCAAAUAGUUUUGUUGAUUCUAGUGGUUGUAUUCAUUUGGAAUCUUUUGCAUCCCACAACUGUCCCAGACUAUGUUUGGAAUAUGUAUUUCUUGCACAGAAUAGGUCAACUUUUGUACUAUGGGGGAUAGUAGAUUGACAUAGGCUCGUGCUUUUGCUGUUUGUUAGGCCUACUCAUCUCGUUUGGCUGAUGAAAAGUAAAUGUGGACAUUUCUUACAAUAUCUUCAAUAUGCGCCUCGUAAUUGGACAAGGAUUGCGUGCAGUUGCAUCCCCGAUGUCUGUCUUCACUUGUAGCCUGUGAGUAAGAAGUGUGUACAGCCUGCGCAAAAAAACAACUAAUUAGAGCUCAUGCCUUUCAUGCUACUUUUAAAAAAAUCAUCACUAGUCGGCCUUGGAAUGUAUUAAAAAUCAAAAAAUAUAGCCCAACGUUUGUAUCACAACUAAAGUUACAUACAUAACUCUAAAUUAAGCAUAUAGGAGUACCUGUUUCUUUAUUAACGCUCAACACAGAAUAGCUGCAUGUGCGAACUCCCUCAAAUUGUUUGGAGAAAAUAUCCUUUCAAUUUUAUUCAGCUUUGUUCAAUUGUAUUCUUCAUACUACAAACUAAUAUAAAAUAAUGCCACGGAAUGCUAAGCAAAUCUUGUCUGCCAAAUUAACUAGUGUAGCCCACAGCCAUAUGGCAUAGCCAGAUCAUUGCCUAACAUAAGGACAACUCAGUGUGCUAUUCUGUUCUUCUGAAAUAGACUACAUUUUCUUCAUAUCAUGUUUCUUUAGACCUGUCUAAAAUAAAUAAUGGAUUUAUUGUGUUGGUAUAGACUAUAUUACAUGGAUUUAUUAGACUUUUUCAAAUGUAGGUGUUCCAAAGGUCUGUAUUAGUGGCUUGUAGGCUGUGCCUGGAAGCCAGGAGAUGCUAAAUGUGUUUAUGUUAAUUAACUGUCAAUUACCAUGAGACUGGCUGUUAUUGCUGAUGUAAUUUCAUGACUGUCACAGCAUUAGUACAGACGUUACAAUAUGUUACAUGCUAUUAUUCUAAAAAGUCAACAUAACGCCAUAGCUUUUACAGAAAUCUUUGUGAGAAAGGCUGAGUCAGACAAACUGAUACAGUACGUCAUAUGUGGGCUAGUUAAUAACCUGUAACAAGACCUAGGCUACAUGUAUACGCACUAAGAACUGAUAUGCCUCUGGCAGAAAGCAUUGAAGUGGGCACGCACUGCUUCUACCUUUGUUUGCCCUGUCUAAAGGCAGGAUCAUAAAUCAAUACUUAUUCUAUUUCAAAAAAGAUACUAUUGAAAUGAUAUAAUUGAUACUGUUUUUCAACCCUUUUAUUUCAAAUUGUUUUGUCAUUUGAGGAAUGGAUACAAUAUCAAUUUCUUUUCAAUCUCGAGGACAAACACUGAUGAAAUGUUUUCUUAUCGAAUGAUUGAUAAUGAACAAUAAAUAUAAAAUGAUUGUAUAUGUUGUGUUUUUGUUUGAAAGGUUUCGGGUGAACUUGUGUCAAUUCUUUUUUGUUCCCCUUAUCGGAUUUAUUUACCUAUUUAAGUCUGUUCUUAUAGCCAUUAAGUGGUUUCUUAUCACUGCAUUGUACAGUAUAUGGCAGAAGUAUACGAGCGGUAAAUGCUGGGAAUAAUGAACACUGUCCAAACACACUACAUUAUAUAAAAAGGCCAGGGUAUAGCCAGUCCAAUGUACUGUACUCCCAGGUAACUGAUCUGACAAGAUGAAGUUGGCUGUUGUGCUGUUUGCCUUAGUGACCCUUUCUGAGUGCCUUCUCAAGAUUCCUCUGAUAAAGGGGAAGUCAGCCAGGCAGACUCUGGAGGAGAAGGGUCUGUAUGAAGAGUACAAGAGGAAGUAUCGCUACAACCCCAGAGCCAAGUUUAACAGCAGGGCGGGUGGUGCCAUGGUGCCCAUGAUCUACUAUCCAGAGUCGACAUACUACGGAGUCAUCGCCAUCGGUACUCCCCCUCAGUCGUUCAAGGUUCUCUUUGACACAGGAUCUGCUGACCUGUGGGUGCCCUCUGUCCAUUGCAGCAGCAGCCAGGCCUGCAACAACCAUGCCAGGUUCAACACUACAGCAUCCUCCACAUUCCAGCCCAGCUCAGAGACUUUCUCCAUCCAAUAUGUCACUGGUUACAUGACAGGGGAUGUGGGAUAUGACACCGUAACAUUCGGUGACUUGUAUGUGACACACCAGAUCUUUGGCCUGAGUCUGAUGGAGGAUGCUUUCCUGGAUAACUUACCAUGGGAUGGGAUUCUGGGCCUGGCCUUCCCCGUUCAGCAGUCAAUUAACGGAGGUACUCCUGUAUUUGACAACAUUUGGAAACAAGGAAAGAUCCCUCAAGACCUGUUCUCCAUCUAUCUGACCAGCUCUGUAGAUGGCAGUAUGUUAAUCCUGGGAGGAACUGACCCCUCCUACUUCACAGGAAGCAUCCAAUGGAUUCCCAUCUCUCAACCUACUGGCUACUGGCAGAUUAAUGUAGACAGUAUUACUAUCAAUGGGAAUACUGUGGCGUGUGCAGCGGGCUGCCAAGCUGUAGUAGACUCUGGCACCACUGAGAUCCUAGGGCCUACCAGGGACAUCAAUAACAUCAAUGGCUGGGUGGGAGCCUACAGCGAAGAGGGUCUUGUGAGUUGCAGUAACAUAAAGCGCAUGCCUGAGAUUAUCUUCAACAUCAAUGGAUUCGGCUUCCCUCUCCCAGCAUCAACCUAUGUUUUCCCAUCUGGCUCCAGCUGUACUACUGGUUUUGGCACCUGGGACAAUGAUCAGUGGAUUCUGGGUGAGGUCUUCAUGAGGCAGUUCUACACUGUCUUCAACAGAGAACAGAACUCUGUGGGCUUGGCCCAGGCUAAAAAGAGUCCAGAGUCAGACUGACACUGACAACCCUGCUGGUGCCCUGACACCAUACCCGUCUGCAUCUCAGACUGAGAGAGAUUCGCCAGCCCAACCAUCUUCACUCCACUUAUGUUUACAUCUGAAGUGAACAAUAGACAUGGGUAAUGGAAAAUGAAAAAAUCUCCACUACUAUGCAAUUGUUCCAAUUAUGCAAAUAAAACAAAGUUAACCUGUAUCCGAUUAAUGAUUGAUUAAGUCUAUUAUGCUGUUUUUCAAAUGUGUUGUCUGUUUGACACUUGAAAUGGAUUUUCAUUCAGAUUAACCAGAUUGUUUAUUGUCCCAUCCUCCAUAUAAACUUGUGUUCUCCUCUGG